CUAGCCUCCUGGUUUUGUUGAUCAGUCCAAACCUACACAUGUCUGCAAACUCCAACGGUCACUCUAUGGUUUAAAACAGGCACCUCGUGCUUGGUAUGAUGCCUUUCACAAGGCUAUCCUCUCUUUAGGUUUCUCUUCUUCACAUUCUGACUCCAGUCUGUUUAUCAAAAAGGAUUCUACCAUUACUUUCAUCUUAGUCUAUGUUGAUGAUAUCAUCAUCACUGGUAGUUCUCCCACAGUUUGUCAAUCCAUUAUUACUCAGUUACAAACUAUGUUUCCUGUGAAAGACUUGGGUGAUAUUCACUACUUUCUCGGUAUUGAGGUUCACCGCUCUGCGAAAGGUUUAUUUCUGCAUCAGUCUAAAUAUGCUCUUGAUUUGCUAAAGAAAUCUGAUAUGAUUGGUGUCAAGCCUUGCUCCACUCCUGUUGGUUCUGCGAAAUUGGAUCACUCUGGUUCUCCUCUUUCUGAUCCUUCCUUUUAUCGCUCCACUGUUGGAGCCUUGCAGUAUCUAACAUGGACUCGGCCUGAUUUGGCUUUUGCGGUUAACCAAGUCUGUCAACACAUGCAUUCUCCUCGGACAGUCCACUUACAGGCAGUUAAACGGAUCCUUCGAUAUUUGAAGGGUACCCUUAAUUUCGGUCUUUGGCUAACAAAAGGUCCUCAAUACCUCACUGCGUGGUCUGAUGCUGACUGGGCUGGCUGUCCUGUUGACAGAAGAUCCACCAGUGGCUACUGUGUUUUUCUUGGACCGAAUCUCAUCUCCUGGAGUGCAAAGAAGCAAUGCACUGUUGCUCGAUCGUCUACUGAAGCCGAGUACAAGUCUCUAGCUCAUACAACUGCUGAACUCAGUUGGGUUUGUCAAGUCUUGCAGGAUCUUUCAUUUCCUCUUCUCAAAACUCCUGCGAUUUUCUGUGAUAAUAAAAGUGCAAUUGCACUGGCCUUUAAUCCUGUAUUUCAUGCUAGGACAAAGCAUGUUGAACUCGACUAUCACUAUAUUCGAGAAAAGGUUCUCUGUGGCAAAGUCAGUGUGCAUCAUGUUGCUUCUAUUCUUCAAAUUGCAGAUAUUUUCACUAAAUCUUUGCCCUCUGCUAGAUUUGCCGAAUUGGCUUCCAAGCUUUCAGUUCGAUCUCCUCCCUUCACCUUGAGGGGACUGUAA